CCGGCGCGCGGGCGUUAGGUGGACGCGGUGGUGUGGGCGCCUGCGACGCGCGUGGUGUGGCCGGGCGCUGGCAUCCGAGCGCGGCUGGCUGGGCGGCGGGAGCCGUCACAGGAAAUAAGUGACCAUGGUGCUCAAUAGUUUGGAUAAGAUGAUUCAACUCCAGAAAAACACUGCUAACAUCAGGAAUAUCUGUGUUUUGGCUCAUGUUGACCAUGGAAAAACUACUCUGGCUGACUGUCUUAUAUCUAGCAAUGGCAUCAUCUCCAGCCGCCUGGCAGGCAAGUUACGGUACAUGGACAGCAGAGAGGAUGAACAGGUCCGAGGGAUCACUAUGAAAUCCAGUGCCAUUUCACUACAUUAUGCAAAAGGUGAGGAGCAGUACCUGAUUAAUCUGAUAGACUCUCCAGGACAUGUGGAUUUCUCCUCAGAAGUAUCGACGGCUGUUCGCAUUUGUGACGGGUGCAUCAUGGUAGUGGACGCUGUGGAAGGGGUCUGUCCGCAGACACAGGCAGUUCUGCGACAAGCCUGGCUCGAAAACAUCCAUCCAGUUUUAGUGAUUAAUAAGAUAGAUCGCUUGAGAGUGGAACUGAAAUUCACCCCACAGGAGGCCUAUUGUCACCUCAAGAAUAUUUUAGAACAGACCCACCUUUUGGAGGAACUGCUCGUCGGGGGCUCGUGAUGCAUGUUGGCACGCAGGCCCUUGGAGGCCCUGUACGUCAGCCUGUGGUCAGGGCUUCCAGUCUCGGAAGGUGGACUGUGUCCACACAAGGAGCUGCAAGACGGUGGCUGAGAGACGCUGCGAGCCGGGGAAGAAACCCUCUUCCUGGUGGCACUGCCUGGGGCCUUCCUGUGAUAGUACGUACCCCUCUCAGGUAUUGCGACCACCCCGAAGCCUUGUGCAAACCGGACCGCAUGGAGCCAACCUUGUCAGGGUCUCAUCCGCAGGGCCAUUCUGAACGUAUGUGGUAUCUUGGGACAUCAGGAGAUUAGCUGCUUUGAUGUGGGUGCAACUUGGUGUUCUUUAGAGAAAAACAUAGUUGAGUGAGUAGGGUGGACAGUGGCCUUCUAACAAGCACUGGGAGCCUGUCCACAGCCUCUUUCUGCCUUGGAGUUUCAGCCCCUCAGACAAGGCUUCCUUGGAUGGGAUUGGGCAGGUGUGUAAAUGCCCUGAAGUUAUGUGGGAAAUGUAAUCAUAUAUAUAUUUCUAGGGAGAGGUCCACAGCUUUGAUAAGUUUUCCCUGGGGUUCAUGACACCCCAGAAGCUAGUGCUGCUGUCAGCACUGGGAGGAGCAGGUGGCCUGAAGGACUGUGACGUGCCCGGAGGGCAUCGAGAAGCCACUUGGCCCAGCUAAGAAGUGAGUCCAGGGCACUUCUGACUCCAGUGCCAAGCAGUGGCCCUAACCCAAGCCUAGCUUCUUCGCUUCACUGUGAUCUCAGUUUCCGCUUUUCCUAAAAUCAUGCACUUUUUUUUAAACUAGGUCUCUAAUGAGCUAUGUGUUAAAUGGAUAUAUAUAUAUUUUUUUGCAGCAGGCUGCACAGACACAACUCACUACUGUACGUUUGUAAAGCAUCUUAAUUUGUGUUCGCUAGACCUCUAGAAACAAAGGUGCUGUCAAUUGUGUCAAGAAGGAUAAAACUUUGCAGGGGGGUCCUAAUGCUGCUGUGAAGAUGAAACAAAAUGUAAAAGCUCUCUUCCCCAUGUAGCUGGCACAAAAACAUGUAUUUCUUUCCAAAAAUCCCUCUAGAUUCUACAGUCAGACAGAAGUCGAUGCAAAAUCACCACUGUUAAAAUUUGGGACUGUCAUUUCCCCAUGGCCGGUUUUUAAUUCCAACUCUUUUAAAUGAUAUGUUCCAGGACUAACAUAAAAUACCGUAGCAGGUACGCCAUUGCACUUGGGACCUCGUCGUGUCCUUCUAAUCAGGAAAUCACCAAGAUCACCUGUGCAUUGUCAGGAGCUGCCUCUUCCUGUGAUUUAUAGACUAGUACAGAGUAGGACAUCCUGAAGGCUUGAGAAACACGGCAACUGAUGACUUCUCUCAGUUUUAGGGUUGCAACAGGUUUAUAAGGCAUUUACAUUUUAGAAGCUCUGGCCAGUAGUUGUUAAGAUGUUGGCUCUAAUGGCAUUUUUAUGGACCCUUAUGUUGAGUCUGUGAACAGGAGGCAAUCACUCUGGACAGGCUUGUGACCCUGACUGAUCCAGGCAUCCUGGGGCAAUGGCAUCUUGUCCUUGCUCUUAGAGAACUUAGGGAAGAAAACAGAGUAAACAUUGCUGCCAUUUUCACAACUACGGAAAUCGAUCUGUGACCAAAUGAGGCAUCUUGGAAAUUAAAGGAGAGGGAAAGUUAACCUUUUCUACUGAUUUUGAAGUAUCAAGUACACCAAGUUGAUUGUGGAGAUUUAAUCCGCUGCUCCUGAGGCUGCUGGGAGAGAUUUCUCUUUCUCUUCUUGGUUCCCACAGCUCCUGGGAUUCAGCUUUGGAUUUGGCCCCGCCUCUGCAUGUAGGUCGCCUGAGGGCGUCUGUUCUUCGCUCAGACAGGACGGGGUUAAGGGAGCAGCUGAUUAGGGAGCUCUAGCUCACU